UGAUCUACAGUGGGCUUCCUUUCCCUGACGGCAGCACCCGGCGAGGUUACCGCACGCGUUUGUCCGCAGCCCCCGUUCAGCAAAACUGGAUUUUCUAACCAUCCAGCGAGAACAAACACACGACAACUUCAUUUUCACAUCGGCGUAGAUCGGCAGCGCCCGUCAGAGAUGUCUCGUUUCUUUGCCACCGGCUCCGACAGCGAGUCAGAGGAGUCCUCGUCCGGGGAUGAGAUCACCUCCAAAGCACCCGGGACGAACUUCAAGCAGUCGCUGCUUCUUAGUGACGAUGAGGAGGAUACGAAAAGAGUGGUGCGUAGCGCCAAAGACAAAAGGUUUGAAGAGUUGACCAACCUCAUAAAGACGAUUCGUAACGCCAUGAAGAUCCGCGACAUGUCCAAAUGUCUGGAGGAGUUCGAGCAGCUAUGUCGAGCCUUCCUGAAGAGCAAGAACAUCGUGGACAAGGAAGGGGUUCCUCAGUUCUACAUCCGCCUCCUGGCUGACUUGGAGGACUAUCUUAACCAGCUUUGGGAGGACAAAGAGGGCAAGAAGAAGAUGAACAAAAACAACGCGAAGGCUCUGAGCACCCUGCGUCAGAAGAUCCGCAAGUACAACCGAGAUUUUGAGACUGAAAUCGCUGCUUACAAGGAGAACCCACAGGAGUCUGCAGAUGAAGAGGAGGAGAAGGAGCAGGAGGAUUCUGGUUCCUCUUCUGAAAGCGAAGAUGAUGGAGGGGAGGAGGUGUCCGCCAAGUCCUUCUUGAAGAAAAAGCCCGAAGGUCCGUCAGAAGCAAGCAAGUUCCUCAAGGGCGCCAAGGGUUCUGGGGACGAGUCCUCCUCCAGCGACGACGACGAUGACGACGAUGAGGACUGGGGUGGAGACACCGAGGAGAGCGGCAGCGAGAGCUCCGAUGACGAGGAAGGGAAGAGCAAGUCUCUGGCCACCGCCUUCCUCAAGAAGGCUGGCACUGACAAAGGCAGCAUCAAGAAGGUGGAGAAGAAGAAGAAGCAAAAGAAAGAGCGAGCCGGGGAGCUGCAGGAGGGCGAAGGAGACGAUGAAGAUGGCCCCUGGGAGAAGGUUAAAGGAGGCGUCCCUCUGGUCAAGGAGAAGCCCAAGAUGUUCGCUAAGGGCACAGAGAUCAACAUACCUGUGGUGGUGAAGAAGCUCAAUGAGAUCCUGCAGGCCAGAGGCAAGAAGGGCACAGACAGGGCCGCUCAGAUCGAGCUGCUCCACGCUCUGGCCAUCAUCGCCGGCGAGAACAACUUAGGUCAAGGCAUCCUGGUCAAGAUCAAGUUCAACAUCAUCGCCUCUCUGUACGACUACAACCCCAACCUGGCCGCCUUCAUGAAGGCCGACAUGUGGAAGAAGUGCCUGGAUUGUAUCGACGAGCUGCUGGACAUCCUGUUUGAGAACAACAACAUCUUCAUCGGCGAGAACAUCGCAGAGGACAGCGAGAACCUGAACAUCUCAGACCAGCAGCCCUUCAGGGUGCGCGGCUGCGUCCUGACGCUGGUAGAGAGGAUGGACGAGGAGUUCACCAAGAUCAUGCAGAACACCGACCCUCAUUCACAAGAAUACGUGGAUAACCUGAAAGACGAGGGCCGUGUCUGCGGCAUCAUCGACCGGCUGCUGUCCUACCUGGAGAACAAAGGCUCCACGGAGGAGAUCUGCCGCGUCUACCUGCGAAGAAUCAUGCACACCUACUACAAGUUCGACUACAAAGCCCACCGCCGCAGCUUGGGCCUCCAGGGGGAAACCAAGUCGGAGCAGGACCAGGAGGAGAGCGAGGGGGAGGACAGCGCCGUCAUCAUGGACCGCCUCUGCAAGUUCAUCUACGCCAAGGAUCGCACCGACCGCAUCCGCACCUGCGCCAUCCUCUGCCACAUCUACCACCACGCCCUGCACUCCCGCUGGUACCAGGCCCGGGACCUGAUGCUGAUGAGCCACCUGCAGGACAACAUCCAGCACGCCGACCCGCCCGUGCAGAUCCUUUACAACAGAACCAUGGUGCAGCUGGGCAUCUGUGCGUUCAGACAGGGCAUGAUCAAAGACGCCCACAACGCUCUGCUGGACAUCCAGUCGUCGGGCCGCGCCAAGGAGCUCCUGGGUCAGGGUCUGCUGAUGAGGAACAUGCAGGAGAGGAACGCGGAGCAGGAGAAGAUCGAAAAGAGACGACAGGUUCCCUUCCACAUGCACAUCAACCUGGAGCUGCUGGAGUGCGUCUACCUGGUGUCGGCCAUGUUGUUGGAAAUCCCCUACAUGGCCGCCCACGAGUUCGACGCCCGCCGCCGGAUGAUCAGCAAGCAGUUCCACCACCAGCUCCGAGUGGGAGAGAGGCAACCGCUGCUGGGACCCCCAGAGAGCAUGAGGGAGCACGUGGUCGCAGCCAGCAAGGCCAUGAAGAUGGGCGACUGGCGCACCUGCCACUCCUUCAUCAUCAACGAGAAGAUGAACAGCAAAGUGUGGGACCUGUUCCCUGAGACGCAGCGAGUGCGCGAGAUGCUCGUCAGGAAGAUCCAGGAGGAGUCCCUGAGGACGUAUCUGUUCACCUACAGCAGCGUGUACGACUCCAUCAGCAUGCAGACGCUGUCUGAGAUGUUUGAGCUGGAGAUCCCAACAGUUCAUAGUAUCAUCAGCAAGAUGAUCAUCAACGAGGAACUGAUGGCGUCGCUGGACCAGCCCACGCAGACGGUGGUGAUGCACCGCACCGAGCCCACCUCCCUGCAGAACAUGGCCCUGCAGCUGGCGGAGAAGCUGGGCAGCCUGGUGGAGAACAACGAGCGCAUCUUCGACCUCAAGCAGGGCGUCUACGGAGGCUACUUCAACAGAGAUCAGAAAGGCGGAUAUCAGCAGAAGCAGCCGUACCAGAGAGAUCAGAAAGGUGGUUACCAGCAGAAGCAGGGAGGCUACCAGCGAGGAGGCUACAGGAAUCAAAACCAAAGCAACUACUGAACUUAGAAAUUGUGGGUUUUUUUUUUCACUCUUUCUACUUGGAGUUGUAUUCAUUCCAUAAAACGCAGACAACAACCUGCCGCUACUCCCGCGCUGGAGAAAAAAAUGGAGUCCGCUGAUCCUGAAUCUGCUGAAACCUGUUUGAACAUUACCAGCAUUCAGUAGCAAACCCUGAAGAUUUUCACCUCUUUAAAGCAACAGCAGAGUGGUCAGCUGGAUUAGAACAUGCUAACUAUUAUUUACUGGAGAAAACAGAAAUAAAUAAUAAACAGAAAUAAACAUUU